AUGGCUUCCAAUAUGGCUUGCAUCAAUCCUCAAUUCGGAGCGUUUCCCCAGGGAUCUCUCACUCUACUCAAAACUGGUCUUGAUCUGCCCAACGUGAUUGAUCACUACCGACAGCAAGCUGUGGAACGUGUCCAUAUACUCCCCAUUCCCCCAAAUCGCCUUCCAUGGCUUGCUCCCAAGAUCAAGAGCGGUCAAAAUGUCUUCAUCCGUAACAUGAACAAUAUCUUCAUCUACUAUGAGACCGCUUGCAAGCGACUCGCUCUAUCAGGCCACACUUCAAAGGCUGAAGAACUCGAGAACCACAAACUUCAACUCAAGGCUGUGGUCGACGGCCUCUCCAGCAAGAUGAUCAGUGAACUCCAAGGCUUAGAACAACAGAUUGAACCCCUUAACGGGCACUGUUAUGACUCAAACAAUCUGGCUUGCUCCCUCACCGAGGCGGUAUUGAUUUCACAUCUGGACAUCGAUGCUGCUUUGGCUGAAGAGGAGUUCGAGACUGCCGACGUCGAUGAUCUCCAAGUUGUUGCUGGAGCUAUCAGUGCUCAAGUUUCUGGAAAUUUCGGCAUUCCAGUUACCAAGGGUAGCGAGGUCUCGGCCAAAAUCGAUUUCUCAGAACAUCUCACUGCCGCGAACACAUCGACUGCUCUGGAAAGUUCAAAUGAAGAUAUUCCCAACUCUGGCGCCGAAGAGCCAGAAGACUCAAGCACAGACCAGAUUACUACCGACCAAAACACUCGUGCAAACUUGAAGCGCCCCUUUGAUGAUGUCGACUCCUGCUCCUCUGAUGACGGAGUACUUGAAAUUGAUACUGACCCCGCCUCGGACGGAGAGCUUGAGGCUGAUGGUGAAGAAGUCACAGAUGACAAAGCGGAAACCACAAUUAUCACCGAAGCGCUUGAGGAUGAAGAGGCAACUGAACAGUCCGAAGAGUCCGGAGAAAACGAGGAGACUGAGCAGACUGGGGAGACUGAAGAACACCCCUCACCACAAGGAACAGAUUUGUCAGAAGAGACAGAGACUGCUGAAGAGGUUCCCGCUCAACAAGAAGACGCAGAUCUCACGGGGGGCUCAGCACCACAAAUUGAAAUCGAAGUCGAAAAUACUGAAGAAUCCGGUGAGGAAGACAUCUUGGAAGAACCGGUCUCCAGUCACCAUACUCACACACCAGCGUCCUCUACCUCUAGUGCAGGAAAAAAUGUCGAAACUCCUUCGAAACGCCUGACCGUUGACAACCUCCUGUGGGCCUCGCCUGCUAGCCAAGAAGAUCUCGAGUUUCUCAGCGAUGUUCAGGCUGCAGAAGACUUUCUAGCAAGUACGUCAGACGAAGAUUGUGAGCACUAUGUCAUCAAAGUGGGUGCACUUCCAACAGAGUCCUCUGAGGUUAUCUUGGAGACUACAGAACAGGCUGAGCAGGCUCCAAUCAUUCAGAUCGAACAAAAUCCACCCUUUGAAGAAUCUACCCUGCUCGAAGACGGAGAGGGUGAGGAGAAGACUGAACCUGAAGCAAUUAACGGCGAGAAUGAUGAGGACAUGGAGACUCAGUUGAACAGUAUGCCUGGCGCUUACCCAACCAAGCCAUUCGAACGCGAAUCACCUGGAUUGUCCGUUCUGAAAGUCUUUGGCGCAGCGAGCGUCUUUGGAAUUCCCUUUUCCAUUGUCUAUCCCAUUACCACUGCGGUACUUCUGUAUGGAAUGAUUCGAUUUGUCCGCAGCCAUCGUUGA